AUGCCGCGGCGCGCCGUGCAAGCGCAAAAACCGAGUGAGACGCGGCGGCGUCUUCCAUCAAAGUACUUCGUCCCCAGACCGCUGCAGAGGAUAUUAAAAAUCCAUUCAUCACGCGGCGAGCAAAAAAAUGAGAUUUCAGAUUCACACUCGAACACCGCGGCUGCGGAAUCUGGAGGGGCGAGGUGGUCUUCCAACCUCCCCGCCCGCUCUUGGUGGAGGCGCCACCCUUUUGACAGGAAA